GCAAACAGAUAGCAAGACAAGCAGGAAUGCUAUCUGAAUAGCCACUGCUGUCCCAUUAGUAUUAAAUGAAGAUGGCAUCCCCCGACGAUCAUCCUUUUGUGUAGUACUUUAGUUUGUAGAUCGACUUUAAUCUGCUAAUCUCGGAGAACACGCGCCUUCAACAAACCCUUACCCUAACCCGCGUAGCUUCCGCCCCUGAAUUCCCUUGCCUAGCCACAGAGGGAGAAAGAACAACAACAACAAGAUCAAAAAUGCACACAAUACUCACAGGCGCAACGGGCCUAGUCGGCUCCGCCGUCCUGGACGCCAUGCUCUCCAACCCGUCCAUCACCAAGAUCACCAUCCUUUCCCGCCGGCCCGUCGCUCAAGCCACCGCGCGCGCCGACCCCCGCGUGUCGGUGGUGCUGCACGACGAUUUCACUUCGUACGACGACGCAGCGCUGCGCAACCGCCUGCAGGACGCGCGCGGCUGCGUCUGGGCCCUGGGCAUCAGCCAGACGCAGGUCGGCAGCCGGGACGAGUACGAGCGCAUCACCAAGACGUUUGCGCUGGCCGCCGCGCGGUCCUUUGGCGACGUCGCCCGCGACAACGGCAGGCCGUUUGACUUUGUCUACGUCUCGGGCCUGGGCGCCACCACCAAGCCCGGCAGGUUCGCGCAGCUCUUUGCGCGCGUCAAAGGCGAGGCCGAGCUCGGGCUCGCGGCCCUGCAGGACGAGAACCCCCUGCUGCGUGCGAGCACCGUCAGGGCCGGGUUUAUAGAUACCGCGGCGCACGAGGCCGUCAAGGAGUACAUCCCUGCCAAGCCGAUUUUGACGAACCUGACCGAGAUGGUGCUGGCGCCGGUCGUGAGGGGCUUUUGGAAGAGCGCGUGGAGCCCGACGGAGCAUCUGGGCAAGUUUUUGACGGAUAUGGCGGUCGGGAGGUGGUCGGAAAAAGAAAUGGUUGCUGCAGGGGCCGAAAAAAUUGGAAAGGGUGGCUUUCUCGUUGUUGAGAACACAGUUUUCCGCAAAUUGCAAGGGCUGAAUGCUUAGACGAUGCAUUCACCAAAGGGACGUAUAAACUUGGCGGUGCUUGUACAUUUAUUUUGUUUUAUUUCCUGAGAUGGCUUCAGUGUAGGUACUGUUCCAUUUUGUAUGCUUUAGAAUACCCCCUAGAUCUCUCCAUUCAGAUCAAUGUAUUUAAUGCCAUCACACUCUCAACCUCCGAGUUCCACAUCAACAACCUCCCA